AUGGCGGACGACAAUACUAUCAUCGAGGGAACUGUCAAGUUCCGUGACGGAAAGAAGUGGAAGUCGAGAUGGUGUGUGAUGCGGAAACUUUCACCUGUCGCGGACAGCGUGCAGCUGUUGGUCUAUCGCGAGGCGAAGGCGCGAUGGGGCGGAGGCACCAAGGCGUCCCUAGCUCUGCAGCAAUAUCUCGGUUGCGAGAGCGGCUUCACCUUGGACAAGCACUCGCAUACCCUCGCUCUUCUCUGCGCUCACUUCACCGUCGUCCUUGCCUUCGAAACGCGCGAGCGCCUGAUGCAGUGGCAGGUGAAGGUCAGCUCGCAUCUUGGCGAAGGCCGGCAGUACCUGGUGGUGGUGUGCGCGGGUGCAGCGGGGGGCAAAGGUCGUGUCCCGACUGGUCCGGCGCGGCUCCACUUACAUCGAAGUCGGUUCGCGCUCACCGCCGGUGUUCCGCCCCGACUGCUUGGUGUAUGGGAGAUAGCACAUCUACGGCGUUACGGCGUGAUCGACGGAAAGUUCUGUUUCGAAGGCGGGUCGCAAUGCGGCAAGGGAGAGGGCUUGCACGUGCUAGUGUCGGAUCAGGCCGCUGAUAUCCUUAGGGACUUUGAGCUUGCCUCAAGGGGACAGCUCUCGCCAAAGCGAAGGACGUUUUUGACCAAGCUCAAUGAAGGAUUAGAGAGCCCGAGGUCACAAACAACUUUUAGGCCAGAGAUGCGACGCGAAUUAAAUACGAUAGACAGGUCACUUCCACCAACGGAUUUGCGUCUAUACGAAGACCCAUGUCUUGGAGCAGAAACGGGAGCCAUCUCGCCUUAUUGGCCUUCCACAGAGAGGACUCACUUCGAUGAUAUGGGACUCGGAGACACCGCUUCCGUCAACGAAACAAUAGACGGUUCCGAAUCUGCGCCCUGGAACGGGAACGGAAAUGUGAUGUUAGAGAGGUGUAUGAGCUGCAUGUCUAAGUUGGGUGCCCUGUCAAGGUCGUCAACAGCCGCUUUGACCCCGGGAGCGAAGCACUUCAAUCCCGCAUGGACAAUGGAAGAAAUAGAAGAGCCACGGCCUGAGAAUAUUCAAAAUGCUGAGCAGGCGGCGCCAGAUGUAUCUCAUAAGUCAAAAGCGGAUAGCGUCUGCAGAUGCGCAAUCGAGAAACUGCCCGAGAGGCCGCCAAAACCUAACAGAUUAGACUUGAAAUUAGCAAAGAAACCACCGCUGCCCGUUCCUGUUCGAUCGUUUAGCCACGCAUAUUUAUCAUCUAUUCAAGAAAAUUCGUCUCCAAAGAUAGGCCCUUAUGAAAACUAUGACGUACCAAAAAUACCUUCAGCUGAGGUGGAUGGUGAGUUUUACGAUACACCGAAGAGACUUAAGGAAUGUCUCAACAGUGAAUUAUUUAAAAUGACAAAAAGUUCUUCGGCCAACACGAUCGUGUUGAAAAAACCAUGCGGUUGUUUACUGAAAUUCGGUAAAAAAGCAAAACAACCGAAAAUUGUGGACUCGGAAGAAAACUUCCAAGCGUCGAGCUGCCCUUGUCAAAAGGUAACGGACUGGGCUAACAGUUGGAUCAAACUUCCAUAUUGUAAUAAGACCGUUGAAAAUACCGAAAACAUGAUGACUGAGACAGAGAACCUUACGCCCCACGUUGGUGACAAGAACGCUUUGUAUGCGACGAUAGAUCUUUCUAGAAAAACUAGAAGAAAAUCUCUCCAACUUGACUAUCAUUCGACUGACAGCGUAGAACAUAGAUCAUUAGAUAACCCUGAGAUCGACGACGGACCUCUAGCAAACUAUGAAAAUUUAAAUUUUGCUCUUUCCUUAGAAUACUACGAAAACGCCAAAGAUCUUUUAAAGAAGGCUGGCGUAACACAACACGAACUCGACGCUCUGAGCGCCAACCUCAAUUCGGCGGGCUCAAUUAAUGAAGCAAAAACAUGCACUUCAUGUGGACAUCCAGAAAGGGUGGAAAGGCUACGAGGUAUGACGACACACGACGAGUACCUUAUGAUGGAGCCUAACUCGAUAGAGAGCAAUAAGUACGAGCACGAGAAGAGUGGCUACACUCCAAUGUCACCGAUUAGCGGUUUCGCUUUUCAUACUCUAAAGCACCCCGCAAAGAGUCCGAUUGGCCGAUCGCUUGAUGAGAAAUCUGCGAGCAAUCCGACUCUGUGCGGUUCGGAAGAGUCGCGUCAGACACGUCCUGGCGUCAACGAUGGGGUUCAGCUUCGAGUGGCUCACGAGCGCACCGACUACAGGAAGAGGUCUAGUUCCGCGGACUCGUCGAGGUUUUUGGAAGAUGUGAAGGAGUUUGAAGGCAGUGUCGGUAGCCGUGGAUCUGCCUCGUCUAUAGAGACCCUCCGCGAUGGUGGCACGCGGGGCCCGACACCCGGAAAACACUCCGACGCUGAUAGCUCAGAAGCCUCCAAGAGCAAAGGGGGGAUCGCAGCCGCCGCUGGUAAUCGUGAUUCAUCGAGUUCCAACGACUCCGGAGUCUCGUCUUGGUCCUUGCGCGGUGAUCCGGCUGGAGGAGCCGCCGACUUUGAGCUACCGGCGACGACCGCAGCCACUCGUCGUCGCUAUAGAUCCGCAAGAAGAGCUCACGACCCACACGGCGCUCAUGAGAUGCCUCGUCGCUCGCGCUCAUCGUGCGGCGCAAGACAGGAAGAACCGCAACCUCAGAAGUGCUGUUCUGCAGAGGCCGAGGUCCCCGUACUCUCUGGCAAGACGUUGCGGAGCGUGGCUGACAGCCGCAGUACUUCAAGUGGGACCUCCGACAUGUCUGACUACAUCGAGACGCUGUCAAUAUGCUCCUCACAUUCCUCCUCAGACACGCCCGUUACAUUGAGAGUGGUUCGCCAGACGACUAGCACCCUCCGACCGCGCUCCGGCAAGGAGUACAGCCCGCUGGCGAGCGGUCUUCGGGCCGUCUCGCAGCCCUACCGCCAUCUGCCGUGA